AUGUCGCUAGCGUCCAGACCUCUUCAGCUAUACACCAGGGCUCUCUUCCGCAGGAAUGGACUUCUCUUGACCCAGCGUGGGACGCAAUUCGCGCCCCCAAUACUCUCUCGUCAGACUUUCUCGACUCAGAAUGUUCUUCUAAACAAACAACCUGCAUCACCCCCUCGAUUUCAGUCUAAGGUUGCAGCGCAGAAAGAACCCGUCGAAAGCGCCCCGGAAUUACCCGCCCUGAAUCUGGACUCAUUAGGCCUGAGCAAAAAUAUGAAAAUAUUCCUCAUGGUUCUUUUGGGUAUUUUCGGCACCAUGGAAACAUAUGUCUAUUGUCGAGCGAUAUGGCGAUGGUGGAAGGGUAGCGGUGAUGGAGAGCAUGUUGAGGCCACGAAGUGA